CGACACAAUCGCGAUAAUGACUAGCUGACGGUGGUGGUAAUUCAUUCUGGUAAUUCCUGGGUCCCGCACACUGGCUAGUGACAUACCACGUCGAGUGCUGUGGCCUCUUGCAUGUCCACCAUGGCCCACGCAGAACACAACGAAUUGAAUGGCUCUCUCAAGCGUCGGCGCUCCAAUCCGGGCUCAAUUUCUCAGCCCCAUGCAGAUCAAUCGUCGGGAGUAGCGAGUGCAAGAUCCGUGGACUCAGAUAUACAAAGAUGCAUCGAUCGGAUAAACAGACUUAAUGCGCUUGUUUCUGAUAAUAACGAGGAUGGUGAGGAAGCAGAGCUUGACGAGCGAAAUAUUGAAGAUGGGAACUUUGACUUCCCACUGCUUCUUGCCUCAGGAUGGGCCAAUCGAAGUGUUCAGCCGACGAUCCUGCAGAAGGUCUCUGAAAUGAUGCGAGAAAUGGACCCCAGUCGCGCUUUAUUCGAGUCUGAUAUCCAGGAAACACUGCCAAAGGCAAAAUCGUCAACCCGCUUACCGCCAUAUGAAGAAACUCGAAAUCUAAUUGAUGGUUACCUACGACAUUUUAAUGCGAUAUUUCCCAUAUUUCAAGACAAUGAAUUAAGAAGGCUUAUCUCACGGCUGUACACGCAGCAGGAAGUGCUGGACUCGGGCUCGAGAGCUUCGGGAUAUGCGGUGAUUGCAGUGGCAUACAAAUUACAGUUAUGGGCUACUGCAAACAAUAACAAGGUAGCUGCUGCUGCCUGGACGUAUUUCAACGCAGCAAUGCGACUUCUACCAGAGAUAUCGGUAAUAGGAAAUAAUGCAGAAAGCAACUUCAGAAACAUCCAAGGCUUGACUAUAAUGUCGAUAUUUUUACAAGGGGCAAUGCAAUUCAACGAUGCCCCCAAGCUUCUAGGGAAUGCAAUUCGCCAAGCCAGUGUUUUUGGGUCGACUCAGAAUAACUUGCCCAAAGGCGUGUGCCCUGUGGAAGUCCAGAAAACACGCCGGGUUUUGUAUGUUUUGGACAAAGAAUUUUCUCUGCAUUCAGGUCUACCACCGAUGACGAGAAUGAGUUACCAAGGAGCUGAUUGUCUUCAAUGUGGGGACAAAGACGCAGGUAGUGUUCUACCACACCUUUCCUCACUGGCGGCAAUUGAAGAGGAGAUAUACGAGGAGCUUUAUUCGGCGACAGCUCAAAAUAAGCCCGGGGUGGAGCUUCUCGAUGCUUCCUUCGACUUGGAAGGAAAGCUUAGAGCGUGGGAAAAUGGAUUACCAUACAAUAUAAGAAACGACGAUGGAUUCUCACGAUCUACUGAAUCCAUUCUCCUAUCACUCAUGCUCGAAAACUGCCUCAUCACUAUUCACCGAUUGCCGGCCAUUCAUUGCCCAAGUACCGGACUUUAUUCGCGUCAUGCCGGCACGAAUUCUGAAAUUGCCAGUCGCAUUGAGUUAGCAAAGAAAAAGCGCACAGAAGCGGCUCUUUCAGGUAUUCGGACAGUGCAGAAAUUACGAACAGCUGGCCUCUGGCCUUUUUGGCUUCUACCGUCCCCUAUAAUCGUUAGCCUCAUCCUUCUUCUCACAACCAUUAUAUACGAUCCAGAGACUUCGUCCAGCAGUCAAAUCAUCGAUGGCAUCGAUGCAGGAGUGCGAUUUAUCCAAUGUCUGAACGAUAGGUCCUGUGGAGAGUUCAGCCAAAUGGUCCGAAUAGCAACAGGGACUGCGAGUAUAGCACGCAAGCUUCAGCAGAAAAGUAAAGAUGAUAUUACAGCUCGCAAAGUCGCCCAAGUAGCACUCGAAAAUGCCAUGAUGGAGCUUCGUCGUGGUAUGCGACCGAGGAAUCGAAAUCCGCGUUUCAAAACACCAUCAUCGCCUUUUAUCGGCGCUGAGAGCCCAUAUCACAGCAUUCCUGCUCCGGAAGACUUGCUGUAUGACCCAUUAAAAGACGGAUUUUCUGAAACUUCCACGGCAACAGUUCCAUUGAAUCCAUGGGAGUCGCUUUCAUGGAUUGGCGAAUCGGGUCCAUCAAUCAGCGCUUCUGAAUGGGUUACGGGCGACGGUGUUGAUUUGGCACCAUCAACCCCAAUUAUCUGGGAUAGCUUUAUGUGAGGCACUCCGUCGUUUUUCGCAACGUGUAAGGGAUCAUGCGACUUGCUUUUAUUCGUCGACGGGAUCGACGAAGUUGGAAAAGGGCUCGCAUAUAUCGGGGCAUUUUGAAUCAGCCCUGUCAAAACUAUGCUGCUCCUGCGUAUUUAGCUGUCCCAAACGGAAAGAUAGAAGCUUUAAAGCUUUUAUUACCGCGGACAUCCAAC